AUGGCUGAUGCAGCUCUAAUCAGAGGAUUACUUUCAAACUUGGCACCUCUGAUUAAGGAUGAAUUCUCGUUGUUUUGGAGUUUUAAGGAGGAGGUUCAAAAGCUAUCCAGCACGCUAUCUUCGAUUAGUGCCGUACUUGAGGAUGCAGAGAGAAAGAACGUGCAGGAGAAGGACAAACAAACGGAAGAUUGGUUGCGGAAACUGAAAGAUGUGGCGUACGAGGUUCGAGACAUCAUGGAUGAGUGCACCUUUGAAGAUCUUCGUCUUCAAGUCAACAGGCGUAAUGCCUCCUCUUCAACCCUGAUCCAGGUAACCAACUCAAUAACCCAUCCUUUUAGAAGUAUUAGGACACGUCGAAAAGUUGGUCACAAAAUUAAGGAUGUUCAAAAGAAGCUUGACCAAAUUUCUUCAGAACGCCAAAUGUUACAUUUGCGUGAAUCUAUUCCUGACAAGUUUGCUAGUAGUUGGCGUGAAACCAUGUCUCUUUCUAGUUGUAAUCGAGUAUAUGGGAGAGAUAAGGAGAAGAAGCAGAUUAUUGAUAUUCUAGUCAAUAAUACAUCUAGUGCUUGUGUUGAUAAAAAACUAUCUGUUCUACCCAUUGUUGGAAUUGGGGGUCUUGGUAAAACAACACUUGCCCAAACAGUCUUCAACGACGAGGAAAUUUCUAAGUAUUUUGAAACCAAAAUCUGGGUUUGUAUUUCUGACGAAUUUGAUAUUAAAUUGGUGAUCAAAGCUAUCAUAGGAGCAACAAAUGAAACUUCCUUAGAGAUAUUGCAGAAAAUGAUUCAUGAUAGAUUGAAAGGGAAAAGAUAUUUGAUUGUAUUGGAUGAUGUUUGGAAUGAAAAUGUUGAGGCAUGGGAUCAAUUGAAAUCUAUCUUGAAUUGUGGAUCAAAUGGUGCGUUCGUCCUUACAACGACACGUAAAAGAAAUGUGGCAAAAAUCAUGGAAACGAUUCAACAUUUUCAGUUAUCAUUACUCUCUAACGACGAUUGUUGGCUACUACUUGAAGAACGUGCAUUUAUGUGUGGAACACCAAAAACUCCCAACUUUGUUGAUAUUGGAAAAGAAAUAGCUAAAAAAUGUAAGGGUGUUCCCUUAGUUGCCAAAAUAUUGGGAAGUCAAUUGAGCUUCAAAAAUGAUAUAAAUGAAUGGUGUAAUAUAAGAGAUAAUGAGGUAUGGGAGAUAUCUCUAAAUGAAGAAUCUGAUCUCUUGCCAAUUCUAAGGUUGAGUUACUAUGACCUUCCUUAUCAUUUGAGAAGAUGCUUUGUGUUUUGUGCUAUAUUUCCCAAGGAUGCUGAAAUUGAAAAGGAUAAGUUAAUUCAAUUGUGGAUGGCCCAUGAUUUAAUUCCUGCAGUUAAAAACCAAGAAGUGGAAGAUAUUGGGAAUACAAUUUGGAAAGAGUUGGGUUGGAGAUCCUUUUUUCAAGACGAGAAAUUACAUUGGUUUGGACGUUAUGAAAUAUGUAAAAUGCACGAUAUUAUGCACGAUCUUGCCCAAUCUAUUAUGAAAGAUGAAUGUUAUACAUUGGAUGUUAAUAGUUCAAGUGAUGGUUUAAAACGAGAAAUUCGUCAUGUAACGGCAAUAGCUGAUGAAUUUAUCAAAACAUCAGCUCGUUCUCUUAAGAAAAUUGGAGGGUUGCAAUCACUAAUGCUCAAUGGCAGAGAUGUUUAUGGAGAUGUCACACAGCAGAUUUGUUUGAGUGUCUUGAAGGAACUUUCGGCUUUACGUAUCCUUGAACUGAGCUGCAAUGCGCAAUAUCAAUAUUUGCGUUUAGAAUCUGUGGGAUGUCUAAAACAUCUUAGAUACUUAGACAUUCCUGGUAACGAUCAGAUAACAACAUUACCUGAUAGUAUUUGUGAUCUCUUGAAUUUACAGACUUUGAAACUCAAUGGGUGUUUAAAUUUUGAAAGUUUGCCCAGAAAUACGAAAGACCUUAUCAGCCUACGACAUCUUUAUUUGAAGAGUUGUGAUAAAUUAAAAUAUAUGCCUAGAGGGAUUGGGAAAUUGAAACAUCUGAAGGCGUUAAGCUUGUUUGUGAUAAGCAGCAAGGGGAGAGACUGCCAAUUAGAUGAAUUAAAAGAAUUGGAUAUUGGUGGAUCAUUGAAAUUGAAGAACCUUGGAAGAGUUAGCGAUACAUCUAUAAAAAGAGGGAUAAGUAUGGCUAAAAAGACGAAUAUCAAUGAAUUGGAGUUGGAAUGGAGAUCUGAUGAUGAAGACGAUGAGGGCAAGAAUACUAGAGAUGAGAAAAUUGGUGAAGCUCUAGAGGUUUCAACUGCGAGGUUGAAGAUUUUGAUAAUGAGGGGUUACAAAGGUGAAAAUUUCCCUAAAUGGCAUGAGCUUAAGGGCUUGGACAAUGUGAAUACGAUUUCUAGUAGCAGUGAUGGCAAUGAAAUGAUAGUACUAUUCCCUUUGUUAGAGAAAUUGGAGAUUGGAAGAAUGAAGAAUUUGAGGGAAUUAGUGUCACCUUGCUGUUGGAAUACUGGAGCAUUCCCUAAUCUAUCCAGUCUGCGUAUAUUUAAAUGCCCAAAGCUAGGGGCUUUGCCACCGCAUCUCAAAUCACUCAAAGAUGUAACUGUUGAGGGUGAAUGUUCGGAUGAGUUGUUAUAUAGCAUCUCAAAUCUUAGUGCUCUCACUAGUCUCUUUCUUCGUGAUAUGAAUGAAAGAAGUGUUUUAUUUGGAGCUGGUUAUAUGGCAUUAAUGUUUGAUGAUGAAGCACAAUUAGGAGGAGGAGGAGUACGCUCAACUUUCCAAUCUCUUCAAUCUCUGUAUAUUAUCAACUGCGAGAAGUUAAGGCGUUUGUUUGAUGAGGGAAUGAUAUCAAAGAUUAGUGGCUGCCAGAACAAACACUUCAUCAACUCUCUCACGGAAUUGAAUAUCUGGUAUUGCCCGGAGUUGAUGAUAUCAGUUGAGGAAUUUGUUGGAAACCUCAAUAUUAAUAAUAAUAAUAAUUCACUACAGAGAUUGCAUAUAAAAUAUUGUCCUAAGUUGGUGUCUUCAGAAGAUGCGGACGAUUUUAUGGCACUCCUGCGUUCUCUUCGAGCAAGACUUGGUCCUGAGAAGUUCAAUGUAGAUAUUCUAUUGGGAGAGGAAUAG